UAGCAGCUACUCAUGCGCUUUUCUAGACUGUUCCAGCGCAUUCAAGUGUGCUCUUUACGGGGCGGGUUAUACUCUUAUAAAGCCAAAUUAGACCCAGUGACAACUUAAGACUUCUACAGAUUUCUACACUACCAUCUUAAGACAUGGCUGGCGAAAGACAAGGCAGGAGAUAUCCACAAAACCUUCAGGGAGUGCUCCAACUUGCCGUGGAAGCUGGUUCUGCGGCGGAGGGACAAGAGCCGACCGCCCUGGAGCCCAUGUCUGAGGAGAGGAAGGCAUGGCUGAGGGAAGCGCUGUCUGACAUCUGCAAAGGCCAAAUGGACGAGGUGGAGCAGAUGAAACGAUGCUUGGAACAUUUACGCGCCGAAGAGCCAAACGACCAGGAGAGGGAGGAUGAGGAGGAGGAAGAUGACCGAGAAACAGCCUUUGAAACGCUGACAGAGCUGUGUGAUAAUCUUGACAACGCUAGAGACUUGAUGACCUUGGGCGGGCUAGAAUUGUGCGUCUCCCGGUACCUGAGCCACGAGCAGAGCGGACUGAGGUGGAGAGCAGCUGAACUGGUGGCGUCCUGCUCACAGAACAUGCCCCAGGUGCAGCUCUACCUCCUGGACAUCGGGACACUGCCCAGACUGUUGCAGAUGACCGACUGUGACUCCAACCCCACUGUUCGCGUCAAAGCCCUCUACGCCGUCUCAUGUUUAGUUCGAGAGCAGGAAGCAGGACUGAAGGCGUUUUUGUCCCUGGACGGCUUCUCGGUGCUGAUGAGGGGCAUGCAGUCGGAAAAUGAGAAACUUCGCAUCAAAUCUGCAUUCCUCCUACUUAACCUGCUCACGUCGCACCCAGAGCACAGAGCGACAGUCGUCUCUAUGGGAAUGGUUCAACAGCUGGUGUCUGUUUUGCGAACACCACAUUCACCUUUCCAUGAACAUGUGCUUGGUGCUCUUUGUUGUCUGGUAGAGGACUGUCCACAGGGGCUCAGAGACUGCCGGGACCCUGCUCUAGGUCUGGACGAGUUACUGAAGCAGAGAUCCACAGAGCUGCAGGGGAAAGAGGAGUGGGAGGAGGAGCUGGACUUCUGUGAGCGUUUGCGGACCUUGUGUUUUAUUGGACAACAGUCUGAAGACAACGGGAUGGACCGCUAACCACAAACUAAACAUACAGUACAUUCAUUCAAACUUGUAAAUACCUCAGGUGUAAAAACAAUACUUUUUCAAAUGUUUUUCACAUAUUUUUAAGUGGAGACAUUCAAUUUAUUUGGUUAUUUUUAGUAAACUUUUUGUUGUGCUUACAUUUUUUCUGACCAUUUGAUGAAAUAUUGCAGCAUUUUUCAUGUUGUACAUAUUUAUUUAUUGAAAAUUAUAUUAUGUCAGUUUAAAAAGAAGUAGAUAUGUAAUUACAAAGACAGAAUCCUCUUCAGUGUUUUCAAAGAUUAAAAUGUUUUGACAAA